AUGGCGAGGAGCCGGGCGCCCGCAGCUCCCUUUGCUGCCCUGACGGCCGGGCUCGUCUUGGCGCUCUGGUGCUGUUGCUGCUGUUGCUGCUGCUGCUGCUGCCUCGCGGACUCUCAGGCGGCUUUCCCCGACGACGACGACGACGCGGCGCGGGGGCUCGUCAGCCUCCACCCGCCCUACUUCAACCUGGCGGAGGUCGCCAGCAUUUGGGCGACAGCCACCUGCGGCCAGGACGAGAGCGGCAGGCCCCGCCUAGAGCUCUACUGCAAGCUGGUGGGGGGACCCGCGGCUGCGCCCGCGGGGAAGACCAUCCAGGGCCAGUUUUGUGACUAUUGCAAUGCCGCUGAUCCCAAGAAAGCCCACCCAAUAACCAACGCUAUAGAUGGGUCAGAGCGCUGGUGGCAAAGUCCUUCUCUCUCCUUAGGUUUGAAGUAUGAUGAAGUCAAUGUUACUUUAGAUCUAGGACAAUUCUUUCAUGUGGCCUAUGUCCUCAUCAAGUUUGCAAAUUCUCCUCGUCCAGAUCUGUGGGUAUUAGAAAGAUCAAUAGACUUUGGAAGAACCUAUACACCGUGGCAAUAUUUUGCCUAUUCUAAGGCAGACUGUUGGGAACGUUUCGGAAAGGAAGCUAAUGCUCGUGUUCGGAAUGAUGAUGACAUCAUUUGCUCUACAGAAUAUUCUCGGAUUGUGCCUUUAGAAAAUGGAGAGAUUGUUAUAUCCUUGGUAAAUGGUCGUCCAGGAGCAAAAAACUUCACCCAUUCUCCCGCACUUAGAGAAUUUACUAAAGCAACGAAUAUUCGUUUACAUUUCCUCCGAACCAAUACCCUUCUCGGACACUUGAUAUCUAAAGCUCAACGGGAUCCUACAGUGACACGCAGAUACUACUACAGUAUAAAAGACAUCAGCGUUGGUGGACAGUGUGUUUGCCAUGGACAUGCUGAUGUCUGUGAUGCAAAAAGUGAUCCAGAUUCACACAGGUACCAAUGUGAAUGUCAGCACAACACUUGUGGGGAAACCUGUGACCAUUGCUGCCCUGGAUACAACCAGAAACACUGGCAACCUGCAACACCCAGCAGCACAAAUCUCUGUGAAUCCUGCAACUGCCAUGGACAUGCCACUGACUGCUAUUAUGAUCCUGAGGUUGAACGACGCAAAGAGAGCUUAAAUCGCUAUGGACAGUAUCAAGGUGGAGGGGUCUGCAUUAACUGUCAGCACAACACAGCUGGUGUAAACUGUGAGAAGUGCUCAAAGGGUUACUACCGUCCUUAUGGUGUUCCAGUGACAGCAACACAUGGAUGUACACUCUGCAGCUGCAAUCCAGAAUAUUCCAAUGGCUGUGAGGAAGGAUCCGGCCGCUGCUAUUGUAAACUGAAUUAUCAGGGCAAUAUGUGUGACCGGUGUGCUGAUGGAUACCACAGUUUCCCCUUCUGUUACUGGAUUCCUGUUUAUCCUGUUUCUACUCCAAACCCAGAAGAUCCUCCUGCUGGUCAUAUAACUGGAGGUGGCUGCAAACCAGGAUUUUUUGGGCCACGUUGUCAGCCUUGCCAGUGUCAUGGCUCAGGAGUGUUAAAUGAUGGUGACUGCGAUAAAAAAACAGGACAGUGCCAAUGCCGUGCCGGAUUUCAAGGGAUUACCUGCGACAGCUGUGCGGUGGGCUAUUUCCGUUACCCUUUCUGUCAAAUGUGUCAGUGCAAUUUAGCAGGCACUCGUCCUGAAAUCUGUGACUUCCUUGGGAGUUGCCUUUGCCGUUUUGAGGUGGAUGGCGUUCAGUGCAACAGCUGCCGUCCUGGGUAUCAUUCCUUCCCCUUCUGUCAAGAGUGCAACUGUGAUGCAGCUGGGACUGUGGACAAUGCAUGUGGCCCUCAGGGGCAUUGUCUUUGCCAUACAAACUAUGCUGGACCAAAAUGCAGCCAGUGCGCUCCUGGUUAUUACCACUUUCCCAAUUGUUUGUCUUGUCAGUGUUCAACAUACGGCUCCUACCAGACCCCGUGUGAUCCAGCAACAGGGCAGUGUGAGUGUCGGCCUGGCAUUACAGGUCAGCAGUGUGACCGAUGUCUCUCUGCAGCCAACAACUUUCCUUAUUGCCAAGGAUCCAGCAAUGAAUGUGACCCAGCAGGAGCCAUAGAUUCUUAUUCUGGCUAUUGCCAGUGUCUGCAAAAUGUGGAAGGGCCAACCUGUAGCAUCUGCAAACCUCUGUACUGGAAUCUGGCCAGAGAAAACCCUGAUGGAUGUAUAGAGUGCCAGUGCAACGCAGCUGGAACACUGAGUGGAGUCAGAGAGUGUCAGCAGGUGGAUGGUGAAUGUUACUGCAAACCUAAUGUUUGUGGAGAUGCUUGUGAUACUUGUGAAGAUGGUUAUUAUAGUCUGGCAGCGAAGAAUUAUUUUGGAUGUCAAGGAUGCAUAUGUGAUGUUGGAGGGUCUGCAAGUCAUAUCUGCAAUGAUCUGUCGGGUGACUGCCAGUGCAGAAAACACAUAGUUGGAAAAACCUGCAAAGAGCCUAGAAAGAACUACUACUUCCCCAAUUUACAUCACAUGAAGUUUGAAGUCGAAGAUGGUACAUCUCCUAAUGGAAGAGGAAUCCGGUUUGGUUAUGACCCACAAGAAUUUCCUGGCUUUAGUUGGAGAGGUUAUGCACAGAUGUCCUCAAUACAGAAUGAAGUGAGGAUAACUUUGAAUGUGGAGAAACCAAACCUCUCUUUAUUUCAUGUUAUCUUGAGGUAUAUUAAUCCUGGAACUGCUGUAAUAUCUGGUCACAUAAUCGCUUAUGAAUCUCGGACUCAAAAAGGGACUCAUCAGAGCAAAGACUUUGUGUUCCCACCCAGUAGGGAGCCAGCUUUUGUAACUGUCCCAGGAAAGAGCUUUGCAGAUCCAUUUGCAUUACGUCCUGGAACCUGGAUUUUUAAAAUCAUGGCAGAGGGAGUUCUCCUGGAUUACCUGGUGCUCUUACCUAGAGACUACUAUGAAGCACCCAUCCUGCAAUUUCCGGUUACAGAGCCUUGCUCAUAUUCAGGACGUGCCACAACAGAUAGUUGUUUACAGUAUGAACAUUUGCCACUGGACAGAUUUUGUUGUGUGCUUGGUUCAGAAGUAACAUUUUUCUUGCAUGGGGGAGAGUACAGGAAAGUAGCUUUCCAACAGCCAACACCCCAACAUCCAGUGAUGUCACACAUCAGUGGUCAAGAGGUGGAUCUGCAAAUCAGACUGGGCAUAGCUGAAGCUGGCCGCUAUGUAGUAAUCCUUGAGUACCUUAAUGAACAUGAUCAAGCAUAUGUUGGUAAUGUGGAGAUUAACAGCUCUGGGCAAAUAAUGGAGGCGAGGAUUAAUAUAUACAGCUGCAAAUAUAGCUUCCUGUGUCGCAGUGUUGUGACUGAUGGUAUGGAUCGCGUCGCCAUUUAUGACCUUUUGACUGAUGCGAAUUUACAUCUCAGGUCAUCAGCGAUAGAUUUUCUCCUGCACAAGAUUUGCAUUAUUCCAGUUGAAGAUUUUUCGCUAGAGUAUCUCAAACCUCAAGUUUAUUGCAUUGCCACAUAUGGGCAUGUGGCUGAUUCAAGUGCUUCAUGCAUCCCCUCGCAGUACGAAACACCUCCUGUAGCCAUGGUUUUGGAUGCUGUGAGGGAUGGAAAGGUUGCAGAAGUGCCAAGAAAUGUGGUCUAUCAGGAUUCAUUGAGACCUCCUUUAUCAUCUCCUCACACAGUUAAUGGAGUGACUUUGACUUCUUCACAGAACCAAAUUACAUUGAGUGGGAGAGUGACGCAUUUGGGCAGAUACGUGUUUGUCAUACAUUUUUACCAGCCAGAAUACCCAGCAUUUCCAGUGCAUGUAACUGUGGAUGGAGGACAACUCUGGUCAGGUUCUUCUAAUGCUUCCUUUUGUCCACAUAUUUCUGGAUGUCGAAGUCUGGUUCUGGCAGAAAAUCAAAUUGAAUUUGACAUCUCUAAACAUGACAUCUCAGUAACAGUGAAAAUUCCUAAUGGAAAAGCAGUGGUCUUGGAAUGCAUCCUGGUUGUUCCAGCAGAUAGCUACACUUAUACACUUCUUCAGAAAGACACUGUGGACAAGUCAUAUGAUUUCAUCAACCAGUGUGGUGGGAACAGUUUUUACAUUAACCCAGUAACAUCCUCAGAAUUCUGUAGAAAUUCAGCAAGGUCACUUGCAGCUGCCUACAACGAUGGGGCUCUGCCUUGCAAUUGCCAUAGGAAUGGUGCCACCAGUCCUACCUGCAGCCCAAUGGGGGGCCAGUGCACCUGCAAGCAAAACAUCAUUGGCCGUCAAUGCAGCAGGUGCCAAACAGGCUAUUACGGAUUUCCAUCUUGCAAACCAUGCAGCUGUGGACGACGCCUUUGCGAUGACAUCACUGGAAAGUGUAUUUGUCCUCCUCAAACUGUUAAGCCCCGAUGUGAAGUGUGUAUGAGGCAGCACUUUGGCUACCAUCCCCUGGCUGGCUGUGAGGGGUGCAAUUGCUCCAGCAAAGGAGUGGUUAAUGCAGUGAACCCUGAAUGUAAUAAAAUUAAUGGCCAAUGCAAGUGCCGCUCAGGAAUAACAGGCCAACGGUGUGAUCGGUGUGCUCCUGGCUCCUAUAGUUUUCCAAACUGCAAACCUUGCAAAUGUAACAGAGGAGGGACAGAACCAAACGUUUGUAAUCCUCAUACAGGAGUUUGCCUCUGUAAGGAGAAUGUUGAAGGUAUUCAAUGUGACACGUGCCGCUCUGGAUCAUUUUAUUUGGACUCCACUAAUCUGAAGGGUUGCACCUCAUGCUUUUGUUUCGGAGCAACCAAUAUUUGUCGCAGUACAAACAAAUAUAGAGUAACGUUUGUUGAUAUGAGAAACUGGCACCUAGAAGAUGUGGAUAACAACAUGAACAUCCCUAUAACUUUCAAUCCAGGCAGCAACAGUGUCGUUGCUGACGUCCAAGAAUUGCCUCCCUCUGUGCACAGUUUGUACUGGAGAGCACCCUCAUCUUACCUGGGACAAAAGCUUUCUUCGUAUGGUGGCUACUUGAGUUAUCAGGUGAAAUCCUUUGGCUUACCUAGUGAAGGCAUGACUCUACUGGGGAAAAAACCUGAUGUGCAGCUAACUGGGCACCGGAUGAAAAUAGUCUAUGUGGAUCCUAACGAUCCUUUGCCUGACAAACAGUAUUAUGGAUCAGUUCAGCUAGUUGAGGGAAACUUCAGACACGCAAGCAACAGUAACUUGGUAUCUCGAGAGGAGCUGAUGACGGUCCUGUCUAGACUAGAUGGAUUACAAAUCAGAGGUUUUUACUUCACAGAAUCUCAGCGGUUAACCUUGGGUGAGGUUGGUCUGGAAGAAGCCACCAGUACAGGAAAUGGCGAUGUUGCUUAUAAUGUAGAGACAUGCUCCUGCCCUCCAGAAUAUGUGGGUGAUUCAUGCCAGGAAUGCAGCCCUGGAUUCUAUCGUGAGAACAAUGGGCUAUCCACAGGACGGUGUGUUCCUUGCAAUUGUAAUGGAAAUGCAAAUAGAUGCCUGGACGGUUCCGGAAUUUGUAUUAACUGUCAGCAUAAUACUGCCGGUGAGAAGUGUGAACGUUGUAAAGAAGGUUAUUUCGGAGAUGCCAGUCAAGGAACCUGCAGGGUGUGUCGCUGCCCUUAUACAAACAGUUUUGCAUCUGGCUGUGUGGAAAAUGGUGAAGAUAUGCAAUGCUUCUGCAAAGAAGGCUAUACUGGAGUGCACUGUGAAAGCUGUGCUCCUGGUUAUUUUGGAAAUCCACUGAAAUAUGGAGGAUACUGUCAGAAGUGUAAUUGUCCUGAUAAUGGUCAGCUCAUGAAUUGUGAUCGCCUGACUGGAGAAUGCAUAAGCCAAGAACCAAAAGAUAUAGAUCCUCAUGAAGAUUGUGAUUCUUGUGAUAGCUGUGUAAUUACUUUGCUGAAGGAUUUGAGCACAAUGGGGGCAGAGCUCCAUGUGAUUAAGUUUCAGAUGCAAAACGUCAAUGCCAGUGCCCACACGCUGGGGCAGAUGAAGCACCUGGAAGACCGUGUCCAACAACUGAAGAUUUUGUUGAACCGCUAUCGUUCCAUUAUUGCGACUCAGGGCCCAAGGGUGGAUGAACUGGAGACAGAUUUCAUUGACCUUAACCAAAAUGUUAAUGCUCUAAAAGAAAAGGCUGAAAAUAAUUACAAGAAAGCAGAGACACUGUUUAAUGAUUUUAGUAAGACUAACCAACAGGGAAAAGACUUGAUUUCAAAAAUAGAAAGCCUUGUCACCAAUAUUAAGGUUCUCGUGCAACAGAUAUCCAGUACUUCUGCAGGAGGAACCUCUUUGCCUUCAGGAGAUGCUGCCAAAGAGCUGGCUCAAGCUCAGCAAAUGAUGAACGAGAUGAGAAACCGCAAUUUUGGCCAGCAGCUCACAGAAGCAGAAAGGGAGAAAGUAGAAGCCCAGCGCUUGCUGGAACGUGUAAAGAAUGAACUAGAAAAACACCAAGCAAAAAACCAAAGAAUUGUCAAAACUGUAAGAGAUUCAUUAAAUGACUAUGAAUCUAAACUCAAUGACCUUCGUGAAUCUUUGAGAGAAGCAAAGGAACAAACCAAGCUGGCUGAGAGUUUAAAUGGAGAGAACAAAGUUCUCUUGGAAGAUAUUAAGAAACGGACUGAAGAGAUGACUAAACAACAGAAUGACAUCUUGGAUAUUCUGACUUCUGCUGAAGCAUCAUGGUCUCAGGCAAACAGCGUAUUUGGCUUGCUGCAGAAGAGUAAAGAGGAAUAUGAAAAUUUAAUCGCUCAACUGGAUGGAGCAAGGAAGGAUCUCAAUGAAAAAGUAAAGAGCCAUUCUUUAUCAGCCAGCAAGGAACCUCUGGUGGUGAGAGCGGAAGAGCAUGCCAAAAACUUACAAGACCUGGCAAGAAAACUGGAAGAGAUCAAGAAAAAUGCUAGCAGUGAUGCGCUGGUGACCUGUGCUGUGGAAGCUGCUACUGCGUAUGAGAACAUUAUUAAUGCCAUCAAGGCAGCAGAGGCAGCAGCUAAUAGAGCAUCAAAUGCUGCAGAUUCAGCUUUAUCAACAAUGGAAAGAAAAGAUCUAGCUGGAAAGGCCAAGAGACUGAAGACCAGCAGUGGUGAUCUGUUAAAUCAAGCACAGGCAGCACAAAAUACAUUGCAAGAAAUCAGUCCAACUCUUGAUGUUAUAAAGAGCAGACUUCAGGAUGCGGAGAGGAAGAAAAAUGUGAUACAGGGAGAUCUUACAUCUUUCCAAAAUGGCCUCCAGGGGAUAAACAGAGGUGAUAUAGACAACAUGAUCACAAGUGCAAAUAACAUGGUCAGAAAUGCCAAUGAGAUUACUGCUAAUGUACUAGAUGAGCUGGAUCCAAUUAAAGCAGAUGUUGAAAACAUAAAGGGUUCCUAUGGAGCCACACAGAGUGCUGACUUCAACAGAGCUUUGAAAGAUGCAAACAAUACAGUCAAGAACUUAACAAACAUCCUCCCGGAUCUGUUUAACAAGAUUACAAGCAUCAACCAACAACUUACGCCAAUAGGCAACAUAUCUGAUAAUAUAAACCGCAUUAGAGAGCUCAUCCAGCAAGCUAGAGAUGCUGCAAACAAGGUUGUUAUUCCCAUGAGGUUCAAUGGAAGUUCUGGGGUUGAGGUUCGGCCUCCUGACAUCCUUGAUGAUCUGAAGGGCUAUACCUCCCUUUCUCUGUUUCUUCAAAGACCUCUCUCAAGGUUGGAUAGCCCACGACGACAGACGUCAAACAUGUUCGUUAUGUACCUGGGUAACAAAGAUAGUUCCAAGGACUACAUAGGCAUGGCUGUUCAGGAAGGACGGCUUAUUUGCGCUUAUAGGCUAGGAGGCAAUGAAGCUGUAGUAGAAGUCCCUGAACAAGUGAAUGAGAGUGAGCACAAGGAAGCAACUUUGGAUUAUGUGAAGUUUGAGAGAAUUUAUCAGUAUGCAAAUCUGAAUUACAUUAAAGGUGCGACCUCCAGUUUGCCAUCAAGUCUAGGACCUUUUGAGUACAGCAGUGGGAAUAGUUACAAUCUUCUCAACCUGGAUCCUGAAGAUGUGGUCUUCUAUGUUGGAGGAUACCCACCGGACUUUAAACCUCCCAGUACGAUCGACUACCCUCAUUAUGAAGGCUGCAUUGAAUUAGACAGCUUAAAUGAGAGAGUUAUCAGUUUGUACAAUUUUAAGAGGACUUUUAAUCUCAACACUACUGAAGUUCAACCAUGCAGAAGAUAUAAAGAACAGUCUAAUAAAAUCUAUUUUGAAGGCAUAGGUUAUGCACAGGUUAAUAUUUCUUCACCAAAUAAACCUAUUUUAACGUAUGAACAAUACAUUCAGACCACUACAGAUGAAGGCUUGGUGUUUUUUGCAGAAGACCAGGACAAGUUCAUCAGUUUGAGGAUUGAAAAGGGCCAUUUAGUAUUCAGAUACAAAGUUGAUAUGCAGCCUCCACAAGAAAUAAAAAGCGAAGCAGUCAUAAACGAUGGAAAGGAUCAACGAGUUCUUUUACGCAUUACUCCUGAUGCCUAUACUCUGGGUGCAUUUAAAAUAAAAGCAACUGCAAAGACUUUUCCCUUCAAUUUAUAUUACUUGGGUGGAAUUCCAGGCUCCAUAAGAGAACGCUUUAAUAUAUCCACACCUCCAUUUCGUGGAUGCAUGAUGAGUGUGAAAACCUCCUUUGAGGCUUCCCCUACCUUCUCUGAGACUCUUGGUGUCAGCAGAAAAUGUCCUGAUGAUUGGAAGCUUGUGAGAACUGGAAGUUUUUCCAAGAAUGGAGUACUGGAUUUGAAUGAUGAUGGUUUCCCAUUUACCAAUGAUUUCCAAGUUGGAUUUGGCUUUCAAACAUUCGCACUCGAUGGGACAUUGUUAAAUUACAAUUUACGGCCUGAUGUAUUUACUGUUCUCCUGAGAAAUGGUUCUGUAGUUGUAAAGUUAGCUGAUGAAGAAAGCCAGUCUAGCAAGAGAUACGAAGACGGUUCAAUGCAUUAUGUAACAGUAAUGAAAGAAGACGACACGCUUAAGUUACUGAUUGAUGAUGUGCUCGAGUCAACAACAACAGUUGGAACCCUUGGAAAGAGAAUGAUGAGUCAACCAAUAGAGCUGGGUGGGAAUAAUUUUGAAGGUUGCAUUUCCAAUGUGUUUAUACAAAGAUCAGGACAGUUUCCUCAAAUUCAAAAUCUAACCGAAUGUACUAAGAAGACCGACGUGUCCUUAGGAACCUGUAUGAUAAGGAAACAACCACAGACAAUGAUGCUGAAAGAAUUGACAUAUCCGUACCAUCUGAAGGUUUUGAAGAGGAAAAAAACCAUUGCCUCUUUAGCAGAUGCAAAUGUGCAGCAAAACAACAAGAGAUGUCCUUUACAUGCGAAGUUAAAUUUUGUUACUGGAGCGUAUCACUUUGGCAAUAUCCCUGAUAGUCAUUUAUUGUUUGCAACUCCCCAAACAUCGUUAGGAGACAGGUCCCAUUUUGCUGUUGACGUUCGUACAUCAUCCCCUAAAGGAUUAGUCUUCUUCAUGGGAAACAAGAUGGAGAAAAGAUACAUGGCUCUUUACCUUUCAAAAGGACGUUAUGUAUUUUUACUUGCUGCUGAUGGUAGGAAAAUAAAAAUCAAGAGCAAAGCCAAAUAUAAUGAUGGACAGUGGCAUACAGUGGCGUUCAGCAGAGCUGGAAAGAAAAUGCGCCUUGUUGUGGAUGGUUUGAAAGCUCGAGAAGGAAACAUACCAUCUACUUUCUCUGCCAGGAUUGAGUCACCAGUCUACCUAGGAGGGGUUCCUUCAUUAAAAGUUCAGAAUUUACCAAAGAAGAGUUUUGUGGGUUGCCUGAGAAACUUUUAUGUGGCCGGAAAGCUGGUACAUACUUACCAACGGAACAGUGGUGUUCUGCCUUGCUUGGAUAAUACUCUGGAGAACGGGGUAUCUUUCUUUAAUGAAGGGGGACAUAUUGUCAUUGAAAGCACUUUUUCGAUGAAUUUGGAAUAUCAGAUCACAUUUAAGAUUCGUCCAAGAAGCUUGACUGGCAUUUUAAUCCACACUGGCAGCAAACGAGGGAACUAUUUAACUGUUUACAUGGAAGAAGGCAUGCUCACUGCGUCUGGAAAUAAUGGUGCUGGAGAGUUCUCAACGUCAGUCACACCUCAGCAGUCCCUGUGUGAUGGAAAAUGGCACUCCAUAGCAGUAACUCAGAAGCAGAACACUGUGCACCUUGCCGUAGAUGCAAAGAGUAACUACACUGCUGGACCAUCAACUAUACUUUCCACCAGCCAUGCCCAACCACUUUAUUUUGGGAGAGUUCCAGUUAAUUUGGAAAUACCAUGGCUUCCUGUUCAGAAUGUAUUUCUUGGCUGUCUGAAGGAUGUCAAAAUCAGUGACAAACCUGUCUUAAUCAGCAACGUUUCAGACAUUCAUGGUGUUGUCAGCUUGCAAGGCUGCCCCGUCAAUUAACUGUAUCUUCUCAUGGUGAAAAAUCUCAUGUACUGUAUGAAUUGCCACAAAAUGGUUUCAUCUCCUCUCAUCUCUGUGUUAUUCUUGCCAUUUGUUUCCAACAUGGCUUAAGAUGUAUAUGUCCCCCCGCCCCCAGAAUUAUGGAGUGCCGCCAUUGUUAAAUGCUUUAUGAAAUCCUUGCUUUUCUGUCUACAGUUCACUGUUUAUGAUAGAGUCAUGUGAAAUACGAAGUGGCCUUGUAUAGAAUGUAAUCUGGUGAGAUCCUGCUUCUCAGCCACAGUGAUGCAUAACUAGAGCAAUUGCAUUGGCAGAAGAGCCCAGUCCUGAGACUCCUGACUUGACAAGCGCUACCCCAAUUAGAAUAGGGAAUCCUUUGGAUUGUAAGCAGGAUCUGACCUCAGAGACAGAAUUUUAUAAAAAUAGAAAAUGAUGUUGGGUUGCUGAACCAGUUCUUUUAUGCUGAAGCGUGCAUUACAUAAUUGACCAAAAUAAUAUAAACUGCGUAUAAAGCACUUUAAAAAGAGUGGGAUUCUGAGGUGACAGUUUCAAGAGUUCUGUGACCAAAUAAAGGCAAGUUGCUUUUUAAA